ACUUGAACUGAGAGAAAGCGACCUCUCUCUACACGGUUGUGGACAAAUGGAUCGAGGCUAGCUGGCUCGUUUGUGAGGUUGGUAGUUUCGAAACGGACGGGUAUGCCGACCUAAAACGCGUGUCACUUAUUGUCGAUAUCCUCCUGCCUGUUGUGCAUGUUUAGUUUUAAACGGCGCUGUUUUUAUUUAAUUUAGUUUAGCCGAGUUUAAUUCUUUACCUUCCUCUACGAACCAGCUGCAGCUAACUGUAGCCUCCAUUUUGUGAUAUUUUGCGGCUUACAACAGUUUUUUAAACCUAUUUUUCAUGGUCAAGAGCUCAUCCAACUUGAAGCACCUUUUGUAAGGAGAGGUCUAAAAGUUUGGGACAUUUAGUUUGAGAGAAAGAUGUCGGGAGUAAACAGGGGGCAGGGAAGCGCGGUUAGUGAAUAUCACAACCAAGAAAACAUGUUGUCAAGACUGAGAGGCUCCCUCAAACCCCGAGCAAACGAGAACCAAGAAAACCUGCCACCCAAACAGGCAGCAGCAACCAACAGAACCGUGCUGGGAGCCCUGCAGAACAACCAGAGGAGCAAAAGCCAGAACCAGCGCGGUACCAAACAGGUCAGUCUGAGUCCUGAAGCUAAGGAGCUAACUCCAGCUGCUAUUGUGGGUUUUGGAGGCAACGAACCAGACUCACAACAAUGCGCCACUUUUCUCUGUCAUGACUUGCUGUUGGUUUAAUACUUCUGUUAUGCAAAUACGUGAGUGUAUUUACUUCACGACUUUGCCAUGAUGCAGGUUUUCCGCCAUUUUCAUCUCAGCAGGUUUCUCCUCUUUAGCCGCUUUGAUACGAUUUUGACUGUUUUCAAGUAGCCUUCACUGUUUUCAGUCAGUUUCUAUUGUGCAUGAAAUAGUUUCUCAUGUUUUUAUCACUGAGAAACAAUGACUUGAUGCAGGCUACUAAAAUUCUGCAGUAAUUCAGUGUGAGGUUUGUCUUCUGCACUUAAAUGAAGACUCAGUAAAAAUGCCUCCCAAACAAAGUUGUACUAUAUUUCCCCAUUCAUCCCUAAAUUUGUACCCUGCUGCAUUAGCACUGUCUCUUUUUAAAUGAGAGUCUGCUUAAACUAAUUCUGAUACUGUCUUUUUCUCUUAGGAUUCAUCGCAGCCCCUGUCCUGUAAAAAUGAAGAUUUCAGCAAAAGCUGCCUCGAGAAGCCCUCCGCCAAGCAGCCCUCUUUCCAGAUCCACGUGGAUGAGCCCGAAGACUCCUGUGCCAAGAAGCCACAGCCUGCGGUUGAAGCUGUCAAAGCAAAGUCCAUCACAAAAGAGUCACCCCUUGCGAUUAACAAUGCGGUGGCACAGCUCCGACAGCCCCUGGCUACUAUUGAUAUUCCAUCAGCGAUGGAUGUCAGCUUUGGUGAGUUGUGAACAAAAUUUUGAAAUUCUCAUGACAACCUGACAAACACAACAUCUACAGCCAGGUAAGUUGCUUUAAAUCCUCAAACUAAUUUUUUGUUUUUUGCUCAGACUCUCCCAUGGACAUGUCUGUGGUUGAAGGAGAAGAGAAGCCAGUCAAUAUAAAUGGAGUCACAGAAUAUGCUGCUGAAAUCUACACCCACCUUAGGGAAAUGGAGGUAAGAACUUUGGGGUAAAUGCUAUCCCCCCCCCCCCCCCCUUUCCUUUUAGCUUUCUACAAAAUCUGCAUAUCUCCAAAAAAGAUUACUUUACUGUCCUGUUUCACAGUUAAAAUGAGACCCAUCAAACAGUUUCCCAAGUACCUGCAGUAAUAUUUUGGCCACUUGCAGGUAAAAACCCGACCGAAGGCUGGCUACAUGAAGAAACAACCCGACAUCACUAACAGCAUGAGGGCCAUCUUGGUGGACUGGCUGGUAGAGGUGGGAGAAGAGUACAAACUCCAGAAUGAGACUCUUUAUCUGGCUGUAAACUACAUAGAUCGAUUCCUGUCCUCAAUGUCCGUCCUGAGGGGAAAGCUUCAGCUGGUUGGGACCGCUGCCAUGCUUUUGGCUUCGUAUGUAUCUCCUAUGUUUUAUUCAGUCAGAUUAAAGGGUUUGCCAAAGGUUAGGCUUUCUUUGUGAGUGACUUGAUUUUUAAUCCUCAAAUAAAUACAGGAAAUUCGAGGAGAUCUACCCCCCAGAGGUGGCAGAGUUUGUUUACAUCACAGAUGACACCUACACCAAGAAGCAAGUGUUAAGAAUGGAGCAUCUGGUCCUUAAAGUGCUCUCCUUUGAUCUGGCUGCUCCAACAAUCAACCAGUUUCUCACCCAGUACAUCCUCCAUCAGCCAGUUAGCAAACAGGUGGAAAGCCUGGCAAUGGUGAGCCUGCUGCAGACAUUUUCUGUGUGUUUUGGAUCAGUUUGACCCUGUCUAAGCAUUUUAUCGCACAGAGAAAUGUAUUAUUUCUGGAGUGCAUGUUAUCCAUGUAGAUUUGAUUUGUCUUAAUAAUCCCGUUCCCCUCCCCCAGUACCUCAGUGAGCUCAGUUUAGUCGACUCUGAUCCCUUCUUGAAGUACCUGCCAUCACUGACAGCUUCUGCAGCCUACACCCUGGCCAGCAACACUGUGACUGGUGGCUCAUGGGUAAGUUUUAAUGUCAAACUUUGCUCAUCUUUUAUCUGUAAUACUAGCAAACCUUUUAAGUACAAGGUAAGCUAAGGGGAUGCUUGUAAUUUUUGGUAACAAGCAAUUUACUCAUGUCCUCCUCCUUCAGCCCAAGUCCUUAGCAGAGAUGACAGGAUACUCCCUGGAAGACUUGAUGCCAUGCAUUGAGGAUUUGCACCGACUCUACCUCAGUGCUGCUCAGCAUGCCCAGCAGUCUGUUCGGGAGAAAUACAAAACCACAAAGUAAGUAGCCUGCAGAAAAACACUUUUUAAAAAUUAACUAUUAUUGCUUCAGAUUGAUGAACACUUGUUUCUUUUCUAGGUAUUGUGAAGUUUCCCUCAUCGACGCUCCAACUAAAUUGCAGCUGAACUGACGUCUUCUCCUGUCCAUGUAGAGUUGUUCUCCUGUUCAAUUUUUUUUAAUUUUAUUUUUUUAAUAAUGUUUGCCCCAAUUUUGCGUCCUGCCCUGCUCUUCUAGGAGUAGAGCUAGAUGUUCAAAGUUUUAAUGGUGUUUUUUGUACAUCCUUGCCAGAUGCUAUAGUUUUGGUUAAUCAGGCAGUUUUAAAUUUUUGACGUUCAGACAAAAUGUAGAUGACCAUUUGCCACUUUGUAAUCGUUCUGCCUUGAUCUAUACUCAACCUGUUUCCAUUUAUGGACCUAAUCUCAGCAGUAAGUGUUGAUGGUUCACCAUAAGGUGUAACAUACUUAUUGGCCUCACAGAAUGGCAAUUAAAGCGUAUUUUGUCUGUCAUUGAGUCAGCUGUCUCAUUACACUGAUGUCUUGUCAAGACGUCUUCUGCACUGUAAAAUAUAGCUCUUGUAAAUAAAAAUCAUUUAAAGUAAGACUUAACGUCUACAUGUUUGUGCUCACACUGGACCCAUGAGGGCAGCAGAGGGCCAUUUUUGAGUCUGAAAGAUUUCACUGUACACAC